UCAAACGUGGCGGGCAUGGGCAGGGCGGCCGCACGGCGCCGCCCCGUCCGCACGAUCCAAAGGCCACAACCGUGCGGCAGGAACAUAGAUCAGAAGCCCCGUCCCCGCUUUGCGUCCAUUCGCACGUCGCGUCGCCCUCCCGCCCGCCGGCCCGCACCACCUUCACGUGAGCCUUCGCGACGCUGCCGGCCUGCCGCUAGUAGUAUAGUCCUCUCCUGCCCGCUUUCCUCCUCGCGACCGGCUGGGGAGCCAGAGCGCGAGCUCGAGAAGCAAGCGCGCGCGCAGGAGAUGGCGGGAGACGACGCCCUGACCGGCGGCGCCACGGCGGAGGAGGAGCCGCACGUCGAGCGGCUUCCGGCCGACAUCCUCGCCCAGGUCCUCUCCCUCCUCCCCUCCUUCCACGACCUCUCCAUGGCCGGGGGAGUGAGCCGGCGGUGGCGCCGCGCGGUGGGCCGGUCACUGGCGACGCGGCGGAGGCUGAGCUUCGCGGGGCAGCGCACCGGCGACGAGUCCACCGCGCGCCUCGUCCGCGCCGCCGUCAACCUCCGCGACCUCGACAUUUCACGAAGCUGCUGGGGAUGCCAGAUCACGGACCAGGGCCUGCUCGACAUCUCCACGGCGGCGUGCGUCGGCAACCUCACCUCCGUCUCGCUGUGGGGGCUGGCCGGGAUCACUGACAAGGGCGUUGUUCAUCUGGUUUCAAGGGCUCAUUCUUUGCAGCACCUGAACAUUGGUGGGACAUUCAUCACUGACGAAUCACUCUAUGCAGUUGCGGACAGUUGUUCAAAUCUGAAGAGCAUCAUAUUGUGGAGCUGCCGCCAUGUGACGGAAGCCGGGUUGGUGGCGUUAGUGCACAAAUGCCCAGAACUAGAGUGCAUCAAUGUUGGCGGGAUGCGGGUGUCGCCGGAGAGCUUCGCGGGCCUGAAGUCCAUCAGCCCCGCCCUGCGUAUCAGGUCUAUCCCACAGAUCCUCAAUGCGGACGUGCAGGUCGCCUGAAAGAAAAAGAUACUCCUCUCCUGUAUACCGCGAUCCAUCGCUCCAUGGAAAUUCAAGAAUUAAGAGAUUUAUGUUGUUCUUGAUUCAUAUUGUGUUGAUGUGUUGAAAGUGUUGUACAUAUGUUGACUUGUACAUGUUACAAAGAAUAAAAUGUAAGGCAGAAAUACUCUGCAAAACUAUACAUCGGGACUGUUCAAAAAGUUGGAUGUUGUACAGUUACAGACGCAUAGUACCAUUCAUUUUAAGUUCAA